GGGAACUGGUUGCAUGAAGGACAGCCCUGGCAGCCAAUCACAGUUGGAGAGAGGGAGGAGCUUCCUCCUCAAUUCCAGUUACAGCAACUGCAGACUGCAAUUCAGAUGUACUGCAGCUGGCUGCAAACCUCAGCUAGAGCUAGGAAGAGCUGUCUAUAAUGGAGCGUUCCAUCUGCCUGGUGCUCUUUUUGACCCUUUCUUGCUGUGUCCAUGUUAUGGAGUUCCUUCCCUACCUUGAGGUGAUAAAUGGAGGACUUUGGGGCUAUUGGGGAAAAGAAGAAUAUUGUGACCAUGGAUAUGCUGUUGGUUUCAUGCUGAAGGUAGAGCCAUACCAAGGUAGUGGAAGACAGUAUGAUGACACAUCCCUGAACGGCAUCCGUCUACAAUGCUCUGAUAAUACAUUCAUUUCAUCCUCCGUUGGAGAGUGGGGUUUUUGGGGUGAGAGCCAGACUUGUCCCGCCAGGCAUAGAUUGAUGUCCUUCUCUCUGCAAGUGGAAACACCUCAGUUGCUUGGGGAUGAUACGGCAGCCAACAACAUCAGGUUUUCCUGUGAUGAUAUGCAAGAGACUCAACUGGAAGGCAAUUCACAUGAAUGGGGACGUUUCGGCAAAUGGAGCACCAAGUGUAAACUAGGCAUAUGCGGGAUGCAGACAAAAGUGGAACCUCCGCAAGGGUUUUAUGAUGACACAGCACUGAAUGAUGUGAGGUUCUUUUGUUGUAUUUAGGCCAUAAGCUUUCCCCUCUCUUGAUAACCUAAGUGCCUGGUAGCAUUCCCAUGGAUUGGUUAUACAUGAAUUUGGCCCGCAAUUGAAUUAAGUCUUACCUUUGAA